UAAAUGUCAGUUGAUUACGUAGCGCGUGUGGGAUAGGUUCGCUGUUCUUGCGGAUUAAAGUACACUUUAUUUACGUUUACAAAAUCGUGUUAAUGUGUCAAACUUGUUAGGAUGCAAAUUUUUCUGUAUGUAUAGUGCGUUGUUAAUAUAGUGUCGUUAAUAAGCAUAAUGUGUUUAUAGUAAAGUGUUGACAUUUUUAAAUUUAGUUGUUUACGAUGGAUGCGAACUCAAAGUAUUACGAGGGCUGUGGGCAGGAAGGGCCGAUACGCUGCAUAUUUCUGUGUGAAUUCCACCCGACGGCUGGCCCUAAGAUAACCUGCCAAGUGCCAGAAAACUAUAUUUCGAAAGACAUUUUUGAUACGGUCAGCCACUACAUCAUUCCAAAAGUGCAACUGCAGCGAUGCACUUUGACUGUCACUCUCCUGGGAUCAAAAAUCCUGGGCUUCCCCGUAAGGAUAGACAAUAAAAAAUAUGCCCGCAAUGCUUUUUACUUCAACCUGUGCUUUGUGUGUGAUGCGUGGGCCCGGACAGUGCACCUGGAGCCCCUUGUCAAGAAGCUGACCGAAUACCUUUUGUCGAUGGAGCUCGAAACGGAAUGGCUAUCGAAGCAGUCGGUGUCGGGCGAGGCGGGUGCGCUGGCGGCGCUGAUGCGCCAAGUGAUGCAGGACAUCAAUAGCAAACGGAUGUGCACGCUCACUGUGGGCACAACAACGACACACCUCACCGUGGUGAGGGUGAAUAGCGACCCGUCGCCCGUGAAGGACCAUCAGGUGCCCGUGUUCCUGUACAGCAGGCAGAGCUUCGUGGCGGACCAGUGGGACCUUACCACCAAUCAGAUACUCCCAUACAUCGACGGGUUCAACCACGUGUCGAAGAUCGCAGCUCUGACGGACGUGGAAAUCAGCCUGGUGCGCGCAUGUGUCCAGAACCUCGUCUACUACGGUGUGGUCACUCUCGUACCAAUCUUCCAGUACUGUGCUGUGUAUAGUGCGACUCCUAAGUUAAGACAGCUGACGAGGUGCGCGGGCCUGCAGAGGCAGUGUGUAGAAUUCUGCGCGAGAUCAUCACGCCAACUCCCAAAAGUAUCCGACCUGUUCCGCAUGUACGCGGGCAUGACGUACGGCAGCACCGUGCGAGACCUGUGCCGGCGCGUGCGGCCACAAGAGCUGGCCGUGGACGAGCGGAGACUCGUGCUGUUCGGUGUGCUGGAGGGGCUGAUCCGGCGCGUCUACAAGUACCCAAUCACAAUGCACGACGACGCAUCAUCCCUGGCCAGCGAGCACAGCCAACCCCUCGUGCGCACCUACAACGGAUUAGUCUGCCUCGACGAGCUCUGUUGCCAGGGCGGGCUCACUGCCCAACAGCUAGAGGAACAAUUAGAAAGAGACACCAAUGUUGUGUUCAUUGUCAAGUGAUCUAUACAGUGGCUGAACCGUGUUAAAUUGAAAGGCGCAAUGUUGUGUUCACCGACAAGUGAUCUCAUAGGUGAAGACUUGGACUCAGAACUUGUGGACAUGUCGGUGACUUGCCAGAUGGUGUGGUACCCACGUCUUCUAUUUACGUAUUGUAACAGGGGUGUUUGAUGUAGGUAAAGGUGGAAAGAACGCUGUUCCGAAUGUUUUUCUACUAUUUCGUGUGAUCAAUAUAGCUAAGCUUGGCUUGAUAAAAUAUAAAUUUCCGGCAGGGAAUAUUCCCUGAGAUGAGAAAUAAGUUUUUAAGUAAUCUGGCAACACCAAUGACAAAUGCAAAGCACUUGUUACCAAAGUUGCCAGUAUCGCUUAAAAAUAAUACUCGAGUUGAGGCUUGUAAUCGAAGAAAAUCUCUUAGGUAUAUGGAAAGUGUAUAGAAAAGAAAGCUGUGAACCCCUUAAAGAAAUGUAAAUAAAUAUUAAAUAAGAAUAUAAUAAUGUAUGAUUUGUUUGAUGUUUAUUCAAGUUUUCAGAGGUUUUCCACGAAACUGUUUACAUAAUAGUAUACAUAAAGUUAUAUUUUUGAUUGUUACUUUUUACAUCGAGAUAUUUACUGUAUAACUUAAAAUUGUAUUUUAUACCUUACCUGUACAGUUCAAAAAUCUGCUCAAUCUUCUUAGCUGUUUAGAAUAUUUUUAAUGUAUAUUAUAUAACUAAAAGUACAUAAUUGUUGUUCAUAAAGGUGCUACAUAACUUGUUUAUAAUAAUUAUAAUAUUUUAUAAGUUAAACGUGAAAUGAAAACACAUGACGUCCCACCGAGUUUCUAUAUAAAUCGUUUAUUUCUAAGAGCAUUUUCACGAGUACAUGGUACAAUAAUAUUAUGUAAGUUUUGUACCUACUUUAAUGAUAGAAAUUGCCAAAUAUUUAGUGGACUGUAUGAUGUACUAUGUAGCGGGUUAGAUAUGUUAUUUUAAUUAAAAUUUAAAAUCAUUGUUGUAAAGUGCAGCUGGCUGGAGGGAGCGAAGGCAUAAGCUAGUUUAUGGUGAAAAAUAUCUAUAUAUUUUAAUUACGCUAUUUCUGUAACCUACAGAAAAAGUCAAAUGAUUUUAAGACGAUAGUGGACGACAUGCCUACAAAAGUAUUCCCCAUUUUCCUUUUUUGAUGUUCGGAAAUAUGUAAUUUGUACACAAUUUAUUUUAUAUGAAUCAUAGCAUAGCCCCUUCGUUUCACUUUUUAUAAUUUUUUGAUUAUCAUAAGAGUUAGAUGCGAAAAAUAAAGUCCAUGUAGCCCCCUAACCUAACCUCUUCAAUUAGAAAAUCGAAGGAAGUGGCGUGAUAGCGGUGGUUAAUAAUUCACAGACCAAAUUACGUAUGCACAUUUUCUAUAAUGAAUAUCCAGAGAGAAAAAUAGGAGCUAGUACAUUUGUAUGAUGAAGCGUCAGUCCACUCCGUCCCCUUUACAACAUGACCUACAUUAAAAAAUCUUAGCUCGGUUUGCUCUAAUUAUUGAUUGGUUAAUUAAGUAUUUGUUCUUACCAGUUCCUUAUAAUAUAGGGCAGGGGUUCCAAAUCUUAUUCAGUCCGCGGCGCACUUGCAAGUUUAAAAUUGAAUCUCGUCGCCCUAACCUAGCCAGGCUAUUCGAUAUAGAUAGGUAGCAUGGUGCAGGAUUGCCUCACGGCGCCCCUCUUUAGUGUCUGAGGCGCACAAGGGCGCCGCGGCGCGGUUUGGGGACCCCUGUAUUAUAGGCUAUAAGGUGUGUGGCUCUUGACAGAUAUACACUCGCUCCUUCAAGCUGCAACGCGUCUGCGUGGUCUAGUCAGACUGACGUCUACCAUUUUGUUUAGAUUUCUCGACUAGUCAACGUUUCUUUGUGCCUUAUUUUCUGUAUAUUUUCUUAUAUCAUUAGUUAAUUUACUUAGGUAUCGGAUUAUUGGACUAUCACGUAAAAAUAUAACGAGCAUAAAUUUAGCGUGAAAUAAUUUAGCCCAGGACGAUAUUUGUGACUUUUCAAGUCAGUUCCAUAUUCCAGAUUGUUUAUUAAUAUAUUUUCACGUGAUCGCGUCCUGUCUCCGCAUAUUAAGUCUCAUUGUUUUUUGGAAAACGCAUAAUUGUUGAUUUUAAUUAAGAGAUUAUAAUGACGUAGUCAUUGGUUGUAUUGACGCCGCGUAAGGUGUACUAUCGAUGUUAAUAUUUGUUAAAAAUGUUUAUUUGCCGACGACUCAUUAAAUAUAUUGAUUUUUAAUUUC